AUGCUGUCCGCCGCCGCGUCCGCCGCCGUGCGGGCUGGCUCUCGCCGCGCUACCGUCAGCAGCAUCGGCAGCAAGCGCGAAGGCCAGCAGUACCUGAAGCUCUUCACUUCCGUCUCGUCCCAGAAAUUCGCCGUCAUUAAGGUCGGCGGCGCAAUCCUGACCGACCAUCUCGACGAGCUAUGCCGCAGCUUGCUGUUUCUCUACGAGCUCGGCCUCUAUCCCAUCAUCGUUCAUGGAGCCGGGCCCCAGCUUAACCGUCUCCUCGAGGAGGCCGGCAUCGAGCCCCAGUUCGAGGAGGGCAUUCGUGUAACCGACGCCCAGACGCUCGGCGUCGCCCGCAAGCUGUUCCUUGAGGAGAACCUCAAGCUGGUCGACCGGCUGGACGAGCUGGGCGUCCAGACCCGGACCCUCAGCGGCGUCUUCGUGGCCGAUUACCUCGACAAGGAGAAGUGGCAGUACGUCGGCAAGAUUACAAAGGUGAACAAGGCCGCCAUUGAAAAGUCCAUCGAAGCCGGCUACGUCCCCGUGCUCACGUCCAUGGCCGAGACCGAGGAUGGCCGGCUGCUCAACGUCAACGCCGAUGUGGCCGCCGCCGAGCUCGCCCGCGCUCUGGAGCCGUUAAAGGUUGUCUACCUAUCCGAAAAGGGCGGCCUGUUCGACGGCGAGAAACAAAAAAUAUCCCACAUCAACCUUGACGAGGAGUUCAGUCAGCUCAUGUCCCAGCCCUGGUGCCAGUAUGGCACACGCCUCAAGAUCAAGGAGAUCAAGGAGCUGCUCGAUACCCUGCCCCGCACCUCGAGCGUCGCCAUCAUCCACCCCAACGACCUGCAAAAGGAACUGUUUACCGAUUCUGGUGCCGGCACUAUGAUCCGCCGCGGCGACAAGAUCCAAAAGGUUACGUCCGUGACUGACUUUGGAGACGUCAGCAGGCUCAAGGCCACCCUGAUUCGAGACCGAGAGGGCCCCGACGCCGAGGCUACCGUGGAUCGAUGGAUUGAUUUCCUCGCCGAGAACCCCUUUUCCGCCUACUACGAUGAGGCCAUGCAGUGCCUGGCCAUCGUCAUGCCGCCCGCCAACGGCCGUGCAAUGGCCACCCUUGCCACCCUGACCAUCACCAAGUCGGGCUGGCUGACAAACAUAGCCGAGAAUGUGUUUGCCGCCGUCAAGAAGGACUACCCCAGCCUGGUAUGGACGGUUAACGAGGCCGACGAGAACCUGACGUGGUUCUUUGAAAAGGCCGACGGCAGCUUCAACAAUAAUGGGAGCGUCCUCUUCUACUACGGCUGUGACCUGCGGUCCGACGCCCUGGCCCCCGUCGUAGAUGAGUUCAACGCCCACGGACGGGCCAUACUGGGCGAUUCGAACCUCGAGUCUCGCCUCGGCCGGGCUGCACAGGCCGCCAGCCAGACCCUCAGCCGCCCGCAGGUCGCUCAGCAGGCUCGAGGCUUCUCCACCCUGGGAUGCGGACCGCAACGGCGGGGCUUUGCCACCACGACGAACCCCAACCCGCCGCUGGGCAAGAAGAAUGCCUCCAACACGGUUCCCACCCGCGUCGGCUUGAUCGGCGCCCGCGGGUAUACCGGCCAGGCCCUGAUCGACUUGCUCAACGCCCACCCUUCCAUGGACCUCAGGCACGUGUCCUCCCGAGAGCUGGCGGGUCAAGAGCUGAAGGGCUACACGAAGCGCAAAAUCAUCUACGAGAAUCUGGGGCCCGAGGAUGUUGGCAAGCUCGAGAAGAACGGGGAUAUUGACUGCUGGGUCAUGGCGCUACCUAACGGCGUUUGCAAGCCGUACAUUGAGGCCAUUGACGAGGCUGGCAAGGGCCGCGACAAGCGGAGCGUCGUUGUCGAUCUCUCGGCUGACUACCGCUUCGACAACACAUGGACGUAUGGUCUGCCGGAACUCACCAAGCGCUCCGCGAUAUUCCAAGCUACCCGGAUCUCGAACCCCGGCUGCUACGCCACGGCUGCGCAGCUCGGCAUCGCCCCUAUUCUGGAACAUCUCGGCGGCCAGCCGACGGUGUUUGGUGUUUCCGGAUACUCCGGAGCCGGGACCAAGCCGUCGCCCAAGAACGACAUCAAUCAGCUGCGGGACAACCUCAUGCCCUACAGCUUGACGGACCACAUUCACGAACGCGAGAUCGGCAGCCAACUGGGAGCGCCGGUGGCCUUUAUCCCGCACGUGGCCUCGUGGUUCCGGGGCAUUCACCACACCAUCAACAUCCCGCUCAACAAGACGAUGACGUCGCGCGACAUUCGUCAGAUCUACCAGGACCGGUACGCGGGCGAGAAGUUGGUCAAGGUGGUUGGAGAGGCGCCGCUCGUGAAGAGCAUCAUGGACAAGCACGGCGUGGAGAUUGGAGGAUUCGCCGUGCACAGCAGCGGCAAGAGGGUGGUUGUGUGCGCAAGCAUCGACAACCUGCUCAAGGGCGCCGCCACCCAGUGCCUCCAAAACAUGAAUCUUGCAUUGGGAUAUGCGGAGUUUGAGAGCAUUCCUACCAUGUAA